AUGGCAAGCAAAGACGAAUUUAUCCAGAAAAUUGUAAAAUUCGCAGAAGGCAUUCCUGCAGUUCAAGAGAUGAGCAAAGUAACUGGUUUAUCUGUCCAAACACUUACUUUUGGCACUUUAGCAGCGAUUAUCUUUUUUAUUCUUAUAUCAAUUUGCCCUACCACAACUAUUAUUCUAAUUGGAGGUUCUUAUCCUUUCUAUUUCUCAAUAAAAGUUCUUGAAUCCAAUAAUAUAAAUGAUGGAAAAGAAUGCCUAAAAUUUUGGUUCAUAUUCGGAAUUUUCAGCUUGAUAGAUCCAAUUCUAGAUCUUUUAUUAUCAUUUCUUCCUCUUUAUUUCUUACUAAGAGUUGGACUAAUGGUGUUUCUAUUUUGGCCUCAGACAAGAGGUGCAGUCAUUUUAUAUGAUACAAUGAAACCUCAUAUGGAUAAGUACCAAAAGAAAUUUGAAGACUUUUUAGAGGGAAUUGCAAAGCAAUCUUAA